UUCAAUUCCGAAAGCUUUGAAUGCUGCCAUUGCCUCUGUAUCUUGCGAUUGGUACAUUUUGGAUGUAUUAUCCACCCACAAACUUCGUAUCAUGGAUGCUUUGGGGUUUGAGUUCUGUUUCCCUAUUGGUUAGCGAUGCUGCACCAGUCUCUUGUGCUGUCUCUGCUUCUGUGUCCAGGACUCCGCUGCAUCCAAGAUUACUCGCUGCACUGCCGUGGCAUAACGCAGGAGGGAAGGAAGGCAGAGAGAUUAGGGAAAGGCAGCAUGAAGGAGGAGGCGGGGUAGACCAAAGCUUCCACCCCAGGAUCAGGAUGCAGGAAACGGCAUAGACGGAGGAAGAAAUCAAUCAGAGGAAAGUGACCAAGGCAGCACCAUGAGCUCCCCAAAUCCAACCACGCCCAGUGAUGCCCUCUUCCCAAACCCGACUUCUCAGGAAAACCGGUGUCCCUCAAGCUGCACCUUCCCCCAUUCCACUGCCCAACACAUCAGUCACCGGGCGAACAAUUACAAGCGUCAUCCCAAGAGAAGAAAGUUCAUCAGGCCUUCCCCCCCUCCCCCUCCCAAUACGCCAAUUCCCAUUGAGCUCCUUGAUUUCAGUGAAAUUCCGCUGCGACACUCCUUCUGGAAAUUGCUUUUCAACGGAUGCAUUCUCUUUGGGAUUGAAUUCAGCUAUGCAAUGGAGACAGCUUAUGUCACCCCUGUCCUCCUCCAGAUGGGUCUACCAGAUGAACUAUAUGGCAUGGUUUGGUUCAUCAGUCCCAUAUUAGGUUUCCUAGUUCAACCAGUAUUGGGAGCCUGGAGCGAUGGUUGCUCAUCUCGCUUUGGCCGUCGUAGGCCCUUCAUACUUGUGCUGGCAAUUGGUGCACUGUUUGGCCUCUCACUGCUGCUUAAUGGCAGGGACAUGGGUCUUGCUGUUGCUGACACAGUCACUAAUCAUAAAUGGGGCAUCAUCCUGACCAUCUGUGGUGUUGUGCUGAUGGACUUCAGUGCUGAUUCAGCAGACAACCCCACCCACGCCUAUAUGAUGGACGUCUGCUGUCCAGAGGAUCAGGACCGGGGCCUGAAUAUACAUGCACUCCUGGCAGGUCUGGGAGGCGGGUUCGGUUACGUCGUUGGUGGGAUCAAAUGGGAUCAGACCAAUUUUGGAAGAGCUUUAGGAGGUCAGCUCCGGGUUGUCUACAUUUUCACAGCAAUAACACUGUCUGUCACUACUCUUCUGACGCUGACAAGUAUCCCAGAGAAGCCACUGAACGCACAGGGCAAACGGAAAAAAGUGAUGAAGAGCCCGAGCCUUGCGCUACCUCCCUCUCCACCAAUGGCACUUGAUUACGACAGAGGCCAGACUACUGGCCAGAGUGUCACGAGAAUCUACAACGGUAUGACCAGUCCCAUUUCCCCACUGAGCCCCCUCACCCCCAAGUAUGGGAGUUUUAUGAGCCGUGACAGCUCUCUGACCGGGAUUAACGAGUUUGCCUCAUCCUAUGGAACUUCCUAUAUUGACACGGUCCUGAUUGACUGCUACACAGGAGCCAAUGACCAAUACCUCAGCAUGCCCAGACACGCCCUCAGCUCCAGUCUCCCCCGGAUACCUGACGAAACUGAAAAUGAGGAAAUGGGAUCUUCGAUGGUUGUUGAGAAUCCCGAGAACCUGCAGGUUGAUAUCACAAGAAAUUCAGCAUCAGGAAUUCUCAAAAGGCCGGAGACCUUGAGUAUUCCGAACAGUUACCUGGCAAAUGGCGGUGACAGUAGUCGGAGACGGACAGUGACCUUCAGUCAACAGGUUGCAAACAUCUUGCUGAAUGGAGUGAAAUACGAGACUGACUUGAAUAGCGCAGAAGAAUUAUCUGAGAGGCCGCUCUCCACAUCUGUCUUGUUUUCAUCAAUUUGUCAGAUGCCAAAACCACUGCGGAAUCUGUGUGUCAAUCACUUCUUGGGUUGGCUGUCAUUUGAAGGGAUGCUGCUUUUCUACACAGACUUCAUGGGGGAGGUGGUAUACGGGGGGGACGCCAAGGCACCUCUCGACUCGGAAGCAUUUCAAAAGUACAACACAGGAGUGAGCGUGGGCUGCUGGGGAAUGUGUAUCUAUGCAUUCAGUGCAGCUUUAUAUUCAGCACUGUUGGAGAAGCUUGAAGAGCACUUCAGUAUCCGAACUCUCUACUUCUUUGGUUAUCUAUGCUUUGGAAUUGGCACUGGCAUAGCUACUCUGUCCCGGAAUAGCUAUGUUCUUUUAUCACUUUGCGUUACAUAUGGGGUCCUGUUUUCUUCACUCUGUACUCUGCCCUACUCGUUGCUGUGUGAAUACUACCAGAGCAAAAAGUUUGUAGGACCGCAUGCGAAUGGGACUAAGCGAGGGAUGGGUGUGGACAUUUCACUCCUGAGCUGCCAAUACUUUCUUGCACAGAUCAUCGUUUCUAUUGUAAUGGGCCCGCUAACAUCAGCGGUCGGUAGUGCCAGUGGGGUGAUGUACUUUGCCAGUCUGACCUCUUUCAUCGGGUGCCUGUACUCUUCUCUGUUUGUAAUUUAUGAGAUUCCUCCUGAUGAUGAAGUGGAGGAGCACACUCCUCUCCUCGUGGACACCUGAUAGCAGAAGUUCCACGUGCAAGCCAUUCAAAGAAGUUGCAGUUGAAGUUUCGCACUUUUUCCAAGAUUUCCACAACCAAAUCAUCAUUGCAUAAAAAGAAUUAGAAAUGAUGGACUAAUUCCUCUUAUUUUUAAAUCUGUGCCAGUCCCUCUGGAAUAUAAAUGCAAAAAUAUAUAUGUAAUAUAUAAUAUAAAAGCUAUGAGAAUUAAUUAACUAGUGGCAGUGAUAUGCAUGGGUUACAAGUAAAAAGUCUGCACUUCUCUCAGGCGCAUGUGACCGUGUGGGAGUGGGGCCCCAGGCACAGAUUGUGGCAACACAAGACGUAUCAUGUUACCAAGGGUUUGUAAACCAUGUGCAUCCUGUGCAUCCCCGUUUUAUUUCCAGCCAUUAAAAACUGUUCAACUA